UCUUUCUCCAUGUUCGACAUUUCUGUCCGGAAUAAUUGUCAUGUGGCACAUGACAACAAAAACACGGAAGAAGCAGGAAUCAGCUGACACUCAAACUGGCUGCACUGGGUCGCUGUGGGUUUCUCACUGUAACAACCAACCUGCAUUAUGGAGGACCAGGAGAUGCAGCUGAAAGUUAGACGAGUGACUGACAAAUUCACGGAGAGCAUGUACGUCCUGGCUAACGAGCCGUCGGUGGCUCUCUACAGACUGCAGGAGCACGUCAGGAGGUCGCUGCCUGAACUGGUGCAGCACAAGACAGAUAUGCAGAGCUGGGAGGAGCAGAGCCAAGGAGCUAUCUACACUGUUGAGUAUGCAUGCAGUGCAGUGAAGAGCAUGACGAACAGCAGCGUGUAUUUCAAAAACAUUGACGGUCUCCUCCGUCAAGCCAUCAGCAUGAAGGAACAGAUCAGCAACUCUCAAGGACGCAGCCUACAUGAUGUGACCUCUGCUCCUAGUCCCCUUGUCUCUGCACCGCAUGCCCCAUCCACUUCCUCAUGACCUCUGAACAGAGGUGUCUAAGGAAAAGGACCAUAGACUCUGGUAUGCUAAAGGAAGGGGGAGAAAAGCACAGCCCUGGGAUGUGACGUGACUUCCUGAGCCGAUGGCGUUGCUUUCUGCAGUCCCUUGCUCUGCUACCUCUUGAUUGCAGCUAAAGGAGAAGGGACGACACCUCCUCAUCACCAUGGAGUAACUGCCUCCAGUGACCCCAUAGUACAAGCCGCUCAGUGGAACAGAGCACCACAGCGCUGCCAGGUUCAGCACUAAAAACACUUAAGUCAUGGACGCUGCUCAAAGAAUGCAUUGUUCUCUCGGGCUCACUGGAUGGACCAGAAAGAAAACAGCAGUUCUGUUUUUGCCUCUGCUUUUGAAAAUCCACUGCAGUGCCACUGUUUUGGACACUAGUUUUCCAGAUUUUUUGAGUUUGUUGUUCAAGGCUUAAGACUAAAAAGGUCCCUGCAUGCAAAUUAUAAAACUUAAUUACACGUGCACAGGUGCCAAACUCUAACCUGUGUUUCAGUACUUUCAUUCCAGAUUAGGCAAAAUUCUUCAAGAGAGAAUUCAGACUCUUAGAAAAUAAGAGAAUUACAUUUUUUCCCUAGUUUGUUUUUACCUGCCAGGUAGACAGAGACCCCCAGGCAGAACAGUCCAAUAGCCACAUGUCGUACAGCUCUGCUGUCCAAAAGGAACCAGUCUGCCCUGUUGAAAUAAAUGUCAUAGGUUCAGUGUCGUGGCUCAGACGUGUUUGCACUCUAACGCUGCUACUUUAGUUUCUAAAUAAACACAUAAAGACA